CUCCCCAUACCGGCCUCAUUCUACCCCAUCAGCUUUGGACAUUGAUUCUCGUCAAACUACAAUCCGGAAGCUGCAAACUCGCUUUCUCGGUUUUUACAGCCAUAACCCUGAAAACCACCCGUUGGUUUGUCUCUCUUCCGGCCAGAGAAAGCCACAGAAUCAAGAAAAACCCGAGAAGUUGUCUAUGUAUUCGUCCUGCGUCAGAGAUUUCGAUCACCACCUGCCGCUCAAGCUGCAAACGUUUCGCUCUAUAUCGAAACCUUGUAGUUUCUACUCAAAGUCCUGUGGCUGAAAUCUCGUAAAGGCUCUCCUGCCUUUUCUUCGAUCUACUUCUAGCAAUUCUGUCUAGACAACCGCCACCAUUUCACCACCAAGAAUUAAUCGAGUGACUCGCGGCGUAUGUCUUGUCUCUUGAAGAAUUCUUUCAUCCAGGUUCCCUCCCGCUUCUUCAAUCGCCUCUCGUCGCCUCUUUGAAUCCUCUGAAACAUUAAUUCUCGUCUCUCGUCUACAACAACUGUCAUCAUGGCUCCCAACAACAUCAACAUUCGUCGUGAUGUUUCCGAUCCUUUCUACCGUUACAAGAUGGAGCCCUUGCAGUCUAAGAUUGAAGGCAAGGGUAACGGUAUUAAGACUGUUAUCGUCAACUUGAACUCGGUUGCUGGGUCUUUGAGCCGUCCACCUGCCUAUGUUAUCAAGUACUUUGGGUUCGAACUUGGUGCCCAGGCCAACGCUAAACCUACCGAUGACCGCUGGAUCAUCAACGGCGCUCAUGAUUCCCGGAAGCUACAAGACUAUCUUGACGGAUUCAUUACCAAAUUUGUUCUCUGCAAGAAGUGCAAGAACCCGGAGACCGAUGUCAUCAUCAAGGACGAGAAAAUUAUCCUGGACUGCAAGGCUUGUGGUCAGCGUUCGGAUGUUGAUUCCCGCCUCAAACUCAGCACCUUCAUUCUUCGCAACAACACCUCCGGCAAGGGCAAGAAGGAUAAAUCCACCAAGAAGACUCGCCGCGAGAGGAACAAGGAAAAGGAGGCUGCGAAUGGAGAAAACAAUGGGAGCCCAGGCGAGAGCAACUCAGACAAUGGCGAUGAGAAUGAAGAUGGCGCACUCGAAGCCGGCAGCGACGAUGAGCUUACUCGUCGCAUUAACACUGCCGCUCAGGGUAUUGAAGCGGAGGAUGAAAUCGAGGACGACAACUGGAAUGUUGACGUCUCGGAAGAGGCUGUGAAGGCUCGUGCCAAGGAGCUCCCGGACGACCUGAAGCGCGCUCUUGCUCUUGACGAGGGAGACGACGAGGGUGCCGAUGGCCCUACAGCUUAUGAUGAACUCGGUAGCUGGGUUCUGGACACUGCUACUGAGAAGGGCGGUAUCUCUAAGGUCGAGGAUGUCGAGAUCUAUUUGAAGGCCAAGGAGCUCGGUAUCGAAACCAAGCACAAGACUUUGGCAGUUCUUGCUCAAACCAUCUUUGAUGAGAAGAUUGCCAAGCAGGUCGAUGGCCGCGCCCCUCUGCUCAAGAAGAUGAUCACUUCUGAGCGCCACGAGAAGGCCUUCCUUGGCGGCACCGAGCGUUUCCUCGGCAAGGAGCACCCCGAACUUAUCUCCCAAGUUCCCGCUGUCCUGCUCGGCUAUUACCAGAACGACCUGGUCUCGGAGGAAACUCUUAAGGCCUGGUGCUCCAAGGCUAGCAAGAAGUAUGUGGACAUUCAGACCAGCAGGAAGGUUCGCAAGGCUGCGGAGCCCUUUCUCCAGUGGCUUGAGAGCGCCGAAAGUGAGGAAGAGAGCGAGGAUGACGAGUAAAUCCGUCGUCUGUGGCAACAGUAUAUUUUCAGGGAAAUUCUGGCUUUAAAUACUUUAUCGUCUUCUAUUUCCGACCCUGCGUCCCUCUUUUUGUGAAUGCUCCCAGAUUGCCAACCUUUCUUGUCUGAUUCAACUAGAUGAAACCAGAAGACCCUUGUGGUCCUAGUUUAGUUUUGAAUUGCAAUCACUGCUCUUACUACCUAUCCGC